UUACUCUCUUCAUCUCUUCACUAAACUCAGACUCAGUCGUCACUCAGGCAAGAUGCUGAUAAUAUUCUACUGCUUUCUCCUCACUCUUCUCUCAUGUGUCAAAUGUGUAAAAGUGGUCACACAGAAACCCUCUAUACUGACAGAACAAAAAGGGAGAUCUGUGACUAUGGACUGUAAUAUUGAAAAGGACGAGAACAAUUAUGUCGGCUGGUAUAAACAGAUCCCAAAUGCAGCUCCUCAGUUUGUGUUGAGAUACUAUCAUUCUCACAGCUCCCCUAACAAAUAUGGGGAUGGUUUUUCCUCCAGCCGCUUCACAUCUAAUGCUCAGUCAAAAAUUGACUAUAAGCUGAUCAUCAGUAAUGUGGAUGUUGAUGAUUCUGCAGUGUAUUACUGUCACACAUGGGACAGCUCUGCUAGUGAGGAGGUAUCACAGUGUGACGAGGAUGAGAAUGGUAUUCCUGCACAACCGGAGGCUGCAGUUUCAGGACCACGACACGGAACAAAACUGAUUGUGAAUGAUGCUGCUGCUGCUGCUCCUGAGCUGAACAUCCUCCGUCCAUCCAGAGAAGAGCUGAGCUCCAGUAAACUCACUCUGGUGUGUCUGAUCAAUCACAUGUCUGGGGCUGCUGAUGUGCGCUGGCUUGUGAACGGGAACUCAGUUACUGAAGGCGUCUUCACUGGAUCUGCUGAACAGCAGCCUGAUAAGAAGUUCAAGAUGAGCAGUAUUUUAACCAUUGAGAGCUCAGAGUGGGACAAAGACGCACAGCUGACAUGUGAAGCGACUGCUGCCUCAAAAACCAACAGAAAAAGCAUCAAAGAAAUCUGA